UCGCAUCCCCAUUGCGCGGGUCUGUCAAAAAAUAUCUGCCCCAUAAGUGUGUACGGCCAACGAUUCAGCUAACGUUAGUUUGUCAUGAUGCUACAGCUUAGUAUUGAAGGACGCAUAAGACCUGCCAGAGGAGGAAACCGGUACGUUGUAAACAGCAGUUCCCCUGCUAUCGGCACCGUUUAACGUAAUGUGACAAUCCAUAAAUUGGAUUAGCGCUAAGUAAAGCCACCGGUCAAUGAUAGUUUAGCGCACUUGCUAUCGCUAGCUAGUGCAGACUUGGACAUAUACGGUUACGUAUGCGCAUCUCUUAUUUUGAACAAGGGAUGUAAUUUGCGCAAGGCGACCUUCGCUUCAGCUGUCCGCCGAAUUCAACGCGCGAGGAGAAAACGUUAAUGUUUAUUUUCGGCCCGUGUGGUCUUCACCAGUUUAGGGCGCGUGCGAAACGCAACGAAGACGUUACAUUACGAGGUCCUACGUUAACGUCAACGGCGAUUAGCUCGUGUCCGGGUCAGUAGCUUUUUUUUUAAGGUCAACAACAUGGACGGUUACGGUCAGCGGUUUGAAUCCGGUAAACUCCAGAAGAAGAAGGCUUCCUCCAGCGCCAGCUCGUGUUACGACGAGGGAGACCGAAAACCAAAGUUUAACCUACCAUUUAGGAGUAUCACAGACGAUGUGCUGGACCGAUUCGCCAGCAUUCGGAUCCCCGGGAGUAAAAAGGAGCGGCCGGCCUUAUCGCAGGCGAAGCACAGCACGAGUGACCGCUCCACUUCCUCAUCGUCCACCUCGCACCAGUUUGAGGAGCUCUCGUCAAAGAUCACCUCCGAGAAGGAGAUCUUGGCACUGUUUGAAAAGAUGAUGGAGGACAUGAACCUCAGCGAGGAAAAAAAGACUCCUUUGAGAGAGAAGGACCUCAACACCAAGAGAGAAAUGGUCAUCCGGUAUAUUUUUACUGCCUCUAAAACGGGCAGCUUGAGAAGCAGCCACCAGAUAUCUCCCCAGGAGUUCCUGGGAGAGCUGAAGUCGGGGGUGAUGGAUGAACGCCUGUUUGCCUGUCUCGAUUCACUGCGAGUGUCUCUUACCAGCAACCCUGUCAGUUGGGUGCAGAGCUUCGGGCAUGAGGGUCUCGGGCUGCUGCUGGACGUUUUGGAGAGGUUGCUUUCCAAGAAACCGCAAGAGAAGCUCGACAAGAAGAAUCAACAUAAAGUUGUCCAGUGUAUCAAAGCCAUCAUGAACAAUAAGUAUGGCCUGGAUCGAAUCCUGGGAGAGGAGAAAAGUCUUGCGUUACUGGCGAGAGCCAUCGAUCCCUCACAGUCUGCCAUGAUGACCGACGUGGUGAAGCUGCUCUCAGCCAUCUGCAUUGUGGGCGAAGAGAACACUCUGGAAAAGGUCCUUGAAGCAAUCACCGCAGCAGGGGAGUGGCGAGCCUCGGAGAGGUUCAGUCCCAUUGUCCAGGGACUACGAGAUCGCUCAGUUCAAUUACAAGUGGCAUGCAUGCAGCUCAUCAAUGCACUGGUAACAUCCCCUGAUGAGCUGGACUUCAGGCUGCACAUCAGAAAUGAAUUUAUGCGCUGUGGCCUGAAAGAAAUAUUGCCGCAAUUGACGACCAUCAGGAAUGAGGCCCUUGACAUUCAGUUAAAGGUGUUCGAGGAGCACAAAGAGGAGGACAUGCUGGAGUUCUCUCACAGGCUGGAGGACAUCAAGAGCGAGUUUGAUGAUGUGGGGGAUGUGUUCAGUAUUGUGCAGAGCAUGGUGAAGGACAGCAGCGCGGAGCCCUAUUUCCUCUCCAUACUGCAGCACCUGAUGCUUAUACGCAAUGACUACUUGGUCAGGCCCCAGUACUUUAAGAUCAUUGAGGAGUGUGUGUCUCAAAUUGUGCUUCACCGUAGCGGCACUGACCCGGACUUCGGUUACCGCAAGCGCCUCGAUGUGGACUUCAGCCACCUCUUGGAGGUGUGUAUAGAUAAAGCUCGAGCAGAUGAAUAUGAACAAAGAGCUUCAGAGCUGGCACAGAAGUCGGAAGAGGAGUUUCUGAGUAGACAGCAGGCACAAGCUCAGCUGGUGAAGUGUGAUGAACAAAUCGCUGAACUCCAAGCCGAGCUGCAGGCCUUCAGGUCCCAGUUUGGGUCUGUGCCGGUGGUUCUGUCCUCGACCCAUGUUGGACAAGCAUCGCCGUCCUCCAAGCUGCCGCCCGGGCCUCCUUCUCCCGCACCAGGCACGCCUGCUCACCCUCCGCCGCCUCCUCCGCCUCCCUUACCUGGUUGUCCCGCCCCACCUCCCCCACCCGGAGGGCCUCCUCCCUUUGGUGCUCCCCCUCCACCACCUCUGGGGCUUGGAGGUUUUCUAGGCUCCCCCACUCAACACGCGCUGCCUUAUGGCCUCAGGCCGAAGAAGGAUUUCAAGCCUGAGACCGCCAUGAAGCGGCUCAACUGGUCCAAGAUUCGUCCCCAGGAAAUGUCAGAGGGCUGUUUCUGGGUGCAGGCAGAUGAAAACCAAUACGCAAAACCGGAAUUACUGGGGAGAGUCGCUCUCACUUUUGGUUCACAAAGAACAGCCAAAAAAGAAGAGGAGGAUCUGGAGGAUAAGAAAUCCAUAAAAAAGAGAAUCAAAGAGCUCAAGGUGCUGGAUCCCAAGAUUGCACAGAAUCUUUCCAUCUUCCUGGGUUCCUUCCGUAUGCCUUACCAGGAAAUCCGUCGGAUGAUAGUGGAGGUCGAUGAGGAGCAGCUCACUGAACCCAUGAUCCAGAACCUUGUGAAUCACCUACCGGAGCAGGAGCAGCUCAACGCCCUGGCCAAGUAUAAAAAUGAUUAUGCGAGUUUGUCUGAGCCUGAGCAGUUUGGGAUUGUGAUGAGCGGCGUGAAGCGGCUGCGUCCUCGCCUCAGCCACGUCCUCUUCCGCCUGCAGUUUGAGGAGCAGGUCAACAACCUGCGUCCAGAUAUCCUGGCUGUAAACGCCGCCUGCGAUGAGGUCAGGAAGAGCCGCGCCUUUGGCCGCCUGCUGGAGCUGGUGCUGCUGCUGGGGAAUUACAUGAACGCCGGCUCCCGAAAUGCUCAGUCGUACGGCUUUGACCUCAGCUCCCUCUGCAAGCUAAAGGACACAAAGUCAGCAGACCAAAAGACCACGUUACUCCACUUCCUGGCACAAGUAUGCGAGGAGGAAUUUCCAGACGUGAUCAAGUUUGUUGACGACCUGAAGCAUGUGGACCGAUCGAGCCGAGUUUCUGCAGAGAAUCUGGAGAAGAGCCUCAGGCAGAUGGAGAGGCAGCUGCUGCAGCUGGAGAGAGACCUGGAGACUUUCUCCUCCCCUGAUGACCCCGACGACAUGUUCUUCACUAAAAUGGCAAGCUUCAGCGAGGUUGCCAGGGAGCAGUACGGAAAGCUGGUGAUCAUGCACAGCAACAUGGAGACCCUGUACCAGAACAUGCUGGACUACUUUGCGGUUGACCCGAAGAAGACUUCCGUGGAAGAGCUGUUCACCGACCUCAGCAACUUCCGGGCCAUGUUCUCUGAAGGAGUGAAGGACAACCUGAAGCAGAGGGAGACUGAGGAGAAACAGAGGAGAGCACGGGCGGCAAAAGAGAAGGCUGAGCAGGAAAAGCAGGAGAGGAAGCAGCCGAAGAAGAAAAGGUCACUGGAAGUCAAUGCAGAGAAUGAUGAGACGGGUGUGAUGGAUAGUUUGCUGGAAGCCCUGCAGUCAGGAGCUGCAUUCAGAGACCGCAGGAAGAGAGCACCAAGACCCAGAGAUAACCAGCAGAAGACCAUCAGCCCCAGCUCCUUCCGCCAGGUUCUCAGGCCUGUUCACUAUGAAAACAACAAGGCACCUUUGCAAAGGUCUCGCUCUCGGCAGAAUAUAAAUGCAGGUUCAGCGCCGGUGAAAGCGCCCCACGCCAGGGAGGCCCAUAACGAGUCCGAGGGCCAUCCAUCCGCGGCCCGGGCCAAGGCCGCUGUGUGUUCGGAGUCCGGCCGCAGGUACAAGAACACGCAGGGUGCCGGCCUCUGGCUGGACAGAGAGAGGGUGGUGGAGAGAGCGAGGGUCAAGCCGCCUGAGAAGCAGACGGAGGUCCAAGCGGAGGCUCCGGCCUCCCAGACGUCCUCCUCCGGCGCUGACGGGGAGUCCGAUCUAGAGGCUCUGCUGGCCAGACUCAGGGCCUUGUGAAGUCAGUCCAGUUUGUUUGCUCCAACACACAUUAGCACACUCCAAUGGUGACCAAAGACAUUCUGCUGCUACGGUUCUGUAAACCAGCAGGAAAUGUCCUCACUAAGACAACGUUUCGAUUUGUGAGGCACAAAGGACCAUUUGUCCUUUGUGCCUAAAUAACCACAAAGGUUUUUAAAAUGGCUUAAUAGUAGGUGAUUUGUAUGAAUCCUAAAAGAGGAUCAAUGUAGGUUGAGGACAGCUGGUCACAUAAUGUUGUCAGAGAUUUGUAAUAUAUUUACAAAAGAUGUGAUUCGAUGGUUACACUUAAGCAUAUUCGUAUUAAACGUUACACAAAAUGCAGUCUUGACAGUCUCUUCUUGAUCCUGUAAAGUGCACCGCCAAAAUAAGUCAUUUAUAUAUUCAGUAUUACAUUUCAUAUAAAAGCUUCAAUUACAUUUCUUCUCACGUUGGAGUUUCCUACUGUGUCACUUAUUUGAUAUCGUAAUAUAUUGUCUUACCUGCAUUUGGUCUCAAUCAUUUUGAUAUACAUGAUAAUCACAGCUUCAUUUUACUUUCCAUAUUUAAUUAUUUUGUCUGUUUUUCUUUCCUUUUAUCUUCUUUGGGUCUUUUCCAUUCCUGUGAUGUCUUUUAUAUUCAAAACAUUUAUCAAAAAAAAUUGAUGUGAUGUGCAUUCUAUAAAACUACAAAAAUCUAUAUAAAUAUAUAUACACAGCAAUACUUUGGUGUAGGAUUGUACCAGUAAUUAGAUGUCAUUGACAAGUUGGUUUUGGUGGUGCUGCUUUGUUUCUGUGGCAAUGGGUACAUUUGUUCACAGUAAGAACGAGGCUGCGGAAUGGGACACAAUCUGACAAUUGAAUUGAGCUAAAACAAAAGUUCAUCCUCAAGUCGACCAACUGAGGCUGCCUUCUGUUUCCCACCUCCCCAAAACUCUGCUAACCCUCACUGUGUUUGUUGUAUUUGCUCAAUUUUAUAGAAACAUUUGCAAUAAAAUUCUAAAAUAUA